GACAGUCCACGCGCCUAAUGUAGGUUAGAGCGAAAAGCCAGGGAGAGGUAGAGGGUAAGGAAAGAGAAAGAGGUGGGGAAGAGAAGUGCAUUGUUUUAUUGCUUGCCGCGUACGAUCGCUUGUCGGAAAAGUAGCUCUCUUCGGAUGAAACGGAAUUAACAUUACAGCCGAUCACCAAUUUAUUUCUCGUCUUUGUCACUUGUUUGUGCUAUUCGGACAAACAUUCGGAAACAUAUGAGGAUUCGUUGUAUUUAUGUUUAUCCGCAGCUCCUUUUUGGAGCUAUAAAUAUUAAUCCAUAUAUAGCCUACUUCUCUUCACGAUUCACAUGCUUUGGAGUCCUAUGACUUGCAGAUAAUAAACCAGCAACAUGAGAGCUCAAAUUGAAGUGAUCCCUUGCAAAAUAUGCGGGGACAAGUCGUCUGGCAUCCACUAUGGAGUCAUCACCUGCGAAGGCUGCAAAGGUUUCUUUCGGCGCAGUCAACAGAAUAACGCAAUGUACUCAUGCUCACGACAGAGGAAUUGCCAGAUAGACCGCACAAACCGCAACCGCUGCCAGCACUGCCGCCUGCAGAAGUGCUUGAAUCUGGGCAUGAGCCGCGACGCGGUCAAGUUCGGCCGCAUGUCCAAGAAGCAGCGGGACAGUCUGUAUGCCGAGGUGCAGAAGCACCAGCAGUCCCAGGAGCGCAGCUCCAUGGCCGCCAACGGCAACCUGAACAUGGGCUCCCGGGGGCCGGCGGACGACGGCGGGAUCGGAGACGGCGUGGGCCUCAGCAGCAGUCACACCACGCGCACCUACAGCCGCGGCUCUAGCGCCGCGCUCAGCGACCUGGACGACAUCACCGACCUGCCCGACAACCUGCUCUUCGACCUUCCCCUCACGCCAGAGGGCGGAGCGACCGGUGGGGGCAGCUACGGCAGCCUGGAGCUGCUCGGCGGUGGGGGCAGUGGGGGCAGUAGCUCUCACAGCUCUUCACAGAGCUCGCCCGAGCAGAGCGGUCAAGAGUAUAGUGACGGGGGCAGUUCUGGAGGAGGAGGAGGAGGAAGAGGAGGCAGCAACAACAGCAACAACUCACACAUCAAGCAGGAGCAAUACCAGCUGCUGCACAACUCCAACAUGUUCACACACUCGCUGCUCAACGACUCGUCUGAUGGCUGCUCCAUGAUGGAAAUAGAUCGCAUCACCCAAAACGUGGUGAAGUCCCACAUGGAGACCAGUCAGUACAGCGCAGAGGAGCUGAAGAAGCUCGCGUGGAACACCUACACUGCAGAGGAGACACGCUGCUUCCAGAGCAAGCCCGUGGAAGUGAUGUGGCAGCAGUGCGCCAUUCACGUCACCAACGCCAUCAAGUACGUGGUGGAGUUCGCCAAGCGCAUCACUGGAUUCAUGGACCUCUGCCAGAACGACCAGAUCAUUCUUCUGAAAGCAGGCUGCCUGGAUGUUCUUCUGAUUCGUAUGUGCCGGGCCUACAACCCUGUCCACAACACACUGCUCUUCGACAGCAAGUUUGCCGGCCCCCAACUCUUCAAAACUUUAGGCUGUGAUGACCUUGUGAACGCCGUCUAUGAACUGGCCAAGGGCUUCAACCGCCUACAGCUCAGCGAUGAGGAGAUGGCGCUGUUCAGCGCUGCCGUGCUCCUAUCCCCAGACCGGUUGUGGCUGACAGACACGCAGCAGGUGCAGAAGCUUCAGGAGAAAGUGUACCAGGCACUGCAGCACAGUCUGCACAGGAGUGGAGCUUCAGAGGAGAAACUGUCAAAGAUGGUGUCCAAGUUGCCCAUGAUGAAGUCCAUCUGCAACCUCCACAUCGACAAGCUGGAGUUCUUCCGCCUGCUUCACCCGGACACAGCCUAUAGCUUCCCACCCCUCUACCGGGAGGUCUUCUGCAGCGAAAUUAACUUCCCUGACUCCACAGAGGGCUAGAGUCCCACACAAGGCACAGAGAGACUGGCAGACAUACGGACAGAUGUUUAGGGACGGAGACGGGGGGGGGGGGGGGUCAGAAAAAAGUGACUGAAAGCAACCAGCAGCUCAACGACAAUCCUGCACAGAACACUUUAGGACACACAAACACCCUCCCUUGUCUGACCUCCUGCCCUGAGUCUAACUUGCACUGCGCCACGAGUAGGUCCGCGUUACCAUUCUCACCAGAUCUAAAGGACGUUAGUCGCUGGCUACUGUGCAUGCUACAUGAUGUUAUCUUUUUUUCGUGUACCGGUUAGACUAAUUUGGUGUCAAGUUUUUAUUGUGCUGAAUCUUGGAUCUCCAGGAGAGUCCUAGGACUACACAGCUCUUGUUUCUUGUCCCUUAUGUUAGUCCAGAUCCUAUUGAAUGUACCUUAUUGACAUGCAGCACAGUACCAGAACAUCACACAUUCUGUUCAGACAAGCCAGGCUGACUUAUACACCUGAUUGGAUUUAAUCAUGUCCCCUCAGGAGUACUUACACUCAACAUUUAUCUCCUCCUCAUGAACAAACAGUUGAAAGGGACCAAGAUCAAACUAAAACCAUGCAGUGCAAAUAUAACGCUUCUUUCUUUAAACAAACAAAAAAGCUUUAUAGCAUGUUAAUCACUGUAAGUGACCAUGGGCUCGUACUUUCACACAGGCAGACCCAAGUUCUUGCACAUGCAACACUAACGAAAGCACUUAUGGUGCUGACCUGGGCAUGUUUCCAUGCACAGGCGCAUAACCAGUGUUUUUAAACAUUUGUUUUUUUGUUUUGUUUUUGUUUGUUUUCAAAUGCGAUCGAUAACCUCAGUCCCACUUCCUUUUCCCUUUCAAAUGCCACUUGGACAGUGUGUGUGUGUGUGAGAGAGAGAGAGUGAGAGAGUAAAACAAAUAUUUUUUUAAUGUUGCAUUAAUUUAUAAAUACACUCACAUUAGUUGAAAAUCUUACAAGAAACAAAAUGCAUAUAUAAAGAGAGGGAUAGAUUUUUAUAUAUAUAUAUAUAUAUAUAUAUAUAUAUAUAUAUAUAUAUAUAUAUACACAUAUAUAGUAUACAGUGUCAGAAUGAGAAGGAUUUAGACAGAGGAUAGAACACCACAACAGUGUGAAUGUCCCCCCCCCCCUCUGAAAAUCAUGGGCAGCCUCAGAACAGAAAAGUGAUUGGCAUUUUUAAAUUGGACAGUUGGUUGAUAUUGACAGUUGAAUUCCUGCAGAUGAAAGAGCACUUACUGACUCAAGACCCCCCCCCCCCCUUAAAUACAUACACACACACACACACACAACUGUCUCCACCACCGCCUCUGCCACAGACUUAGCGCUCGGACGAAAUCUUUUGGUUGGUUUCGCUCGGCCCCUCCCCCCCGCUCAGGUUUUGCUGCUGAUAGGCCCCCUCUGGAAGUGUCUCAAACUCGGACUCACAGUCACAGACUAAUGCAGGACUUUGGCUGGGGCUCUACCUCGUUGAGACGGAGAGAGAGAGAGAGAGAGAAAGAGAGAGAGAGAGAGAGAAAUGGACAGAAGAGUGCAGGGCAGGCUCCAGCUGGAAAAGAGCAUUCCGGAGCAGAAGAGCGACUGGAAUGUUGGGCCACCCUCCACACUCUCCUCCUCCUCCUCCUCCGCAACACCCCCACCCACCCCCCCCCCAAAAAAGUGCUGCAAGAAUCCCCAGUCAAGUUCAGACUGUGGGAAAGUGGUGCCCAGACUGUGGCUUAGAAUCAGCAGCGGAUGCAGCCGGACACUUUGAACUUGGGUGAUUGGAGAGAGAGAGAGAGAGAGAGAGAGAGAGAGAGAUACAAACAGAGAGAAAAAGGAA